AUGAAUGACGUAGAGGCUACAAUAAAGAGAAUUAGCACCCAUCCGGGUGUGCAGGGUCUUCUGGUCCUCAUGGACGACGGCACAGUUAUCCGGAGCACAUUCGAUGACGAAAUGACUGCCAGAUACGUGAAACUUGUCUCAUCCUAUACUGUAUUGUCUCGAUCUGCUAUACGCGACAUAGACCCCACAAACGAGCUUAAUUACGUCCGUAUCAGGUCUGACAAGCGUGAAAUUAUUUGUAUCCCCGAAGGCAAGUACUUCAUCAUCGCCGUGACGUCCAUGGACGCCGAGUUCAAGCCCUAG